UCAUCAGACUCACAUUGGUCUUGCCCAAUCUGUUGAUUCUUCUCCUCUCUCUACCUAUAAAUACCCACUGAUACAUGUUAGUCUCGACAUCUGAGAAAAACUUACUAAAAGCCCAGUACUCCUAUCAAACAAUGGCUGCCUUUCAUUACAAUCUGGUUCUAACUCUGAUCUUGGCAUCAUCACUUUCAAGCAUCCACGUGACUUUUGCGGCUCGCAGCCUUCUGCAGACAGCAAUUCCAUCUGUACCUAAAGUCACAUUGCCUCCACUGCCCACAAUGCCCAUUGCCACAGUCCCAACCUUGCCAAAGCCCACAUUGCCGUCUGUGCCAACCACCCCUUUACCGACAGUGCCAACAGUCCCAACCUUGCCAAAGCCCACAUUGCCGUCUGUGCCAACCACCCCUUUACCGACAGUGCCAACAGUCCCAACCUUGCCAAAGCCCACAUUGCCAACAGUCCCAACCUUGCCAAAGCCCACAUUGCCGCAGACCACCCCUUUGCCGACAAUGCCAACAGUCCCAACCUUGCCAAAGCCCACAUUGCCGUAUGUGCCAACCACCCAGAUUCCAACAUUGCCAACCAUGCCUACAGUUCCUAAGAUGACUCUACCACCGUUGCCCACCAUCCCAACAACAAUUCCUUCUUACCCCACCAUCCCGACGACUAAGCCAGCAAUUCCUUUCCCCGUGCCAACUCCAUCUAACUAAGCCACCAGAAACACCAUCAUCAAUCAUCUUUAUCUACAGGGCACACCAUAUGUUACAUAUACGAAGGAUGGAUUGUUGUAAGGUCUUAUAAAUUUGCGUGGAUUUGUGAAAUUUUAGUCCGUUCAUGUGGACUAGAUAAGUUGAUUCACUUGUAUCAUUUCAUUGUAUCUGAGAGUAAUUCCCUGUUUAAUGGGUUGUGGUUUUUCAAUUUCAAUUUAUAGAUAAGUUGGUUCACUUUAUAUCAUUUCAUUGCAUCUAUAAGAUUAUUUCCUUGUGUACGAGUA